CUUGGGAUGGAGAUGGAUUCUACAUUAGUUUAAUUUACUUUUGCUUUGGUCUCGGAUAUUGAAAUAACCUAAUGUAAUCGUAAAUAUAUACUUAUAAUAUAUGACUUUGACGGAUUAUAUUAUCGACCCGGGAAGGAGGGAGAUGGGAGUGAGAUGGACCUUGCAUCAAUCGUUGAUUUUUGCUUUAAUUGGUCUUACAUAAACCUGACGCCCAAACAUUUCUUCACUACAAUAACGUACGAUAUCAGAAAUUCAACCAAUCCGCUUGAGUUAUAUUUUGAGGUUCAGCGAUGAUGCUCUCGUAAUAUAACCAGUAGAAUGUGUUCUACAGAAAAAGUGGAGAUCAGCUUUCGUUUAUUGGAAAACAGCAAUCUACAUACUAAAACCACAAUUUCGCAGUUCCUUAGUGUUCUAUACUACUGCGCUGCAUUUGAUGUUGUAUGGGGAAGUCGGGUCACCUUGAUUCGUCCUUCACCGCUCUCGACCUCUAAUAUCAUCUAGGACUUAACAGAAGCUUUUUGGGCGAUUGCUGUGCUUUCAGAAGGUCAUGCCGGGGGAUUUAAAGGUCGUGGUUUGUGGUGGGGGCAAUGCGGCCCACACAAUGGCAGGUCUUGCAGCCUCGAGACAAAAUACAGACGUUCGGGUUUUUGAUCUGUUCAGCGACGAAGCAGAACGCUGGGCUAAAGCUUUGGGUAACGAUGAUUUAACUGUAUCUGUGCACAGAGAAGGAAAAAUUACUGACAUUAAAAGUAAGCCCAAUGUUAUAACGAACGACCCUAGCAAGUCGCUUCCGGGUGCCGACAUUAUCAUUAUCGCUGUUCCUGCAUUCGCACACGCUGCCUAUCUCGACGCUAUCAAAUCCUACCUCAAACCAGGCCUAAUCAUCGUUGCUACCCCUGGUCAACCGGGCUUUGAGUUUGAGGUGAAGAGCAAACUAGGAGAAGGCGUAUCACAGUGCAAUGUUGUUUGCAUAGAAACAUUACCAUGGGCGUGUAGAAUAAAGGAGUUCGGCCGACAAGUGGAGAUACUCGGUUGUAAAGUAUCGAUGACGGGAGCCAUAAAAUAUGCAGAUCCCCCUGCGGGACCGGAUCCUCAAGACACGUUUCAGUUUCUGCUUGGCCCCGAGCCUGUCCUAAACAUCAAAGGUCACCUUCUUGCCGUAUCUCUUAUGUCCGUCAACUCGUAUCUCCACAGUGCCAUUCUCUAUGGGCGAUGGGGGCCCGAAGUGUGGGACGGGACACCGGUAGCGGAGGCCCCGCUUUUCUACCAAGGACUGGACGAACAUAGUACCGACAUACUGGACGCCAUGACACGAGAAGUAGUCUCAAUCGCAAAGAUGGUAACUGCAAAACGACAAAAUGUCGACAUGUCAACGGUAGUUCAUAUUCACGACUGGUAUACGACUGUCUACGCUGCGGAUAUCACCGACCCGACCACUCUGCAGUCAACGCUUAAAACCAACAAGGCUUACAAUGGGUUGAGGCAUCCUUGUGUCCCAGCGGGAGAUGGUAAAGUACUGCCCGAUUUCAGUCAUCGUUACCUAGGUGAGGACAUCCCAUAUGGCCUCACUGUCACCAAGGGGAUAGCUGAGAUUGUUGGCACCCCAGUGCCUGUUACAGAUAUGGUGUUAAAAUGGUGUCAGGAAAAAAUGGGAAAAGAAUAUCUGGUUGAUGGCAAAUUAGUAGGUAAAGAUGUCGCGUCGACACGUGCCCCACAGAAAUAUGGUUUCUAUACCCUCGACGACAUCCUCAAUUGAUGAGUCAUAUCUUAGUGAAUGUAGUGUAACAUCUAGACAUGUAUAAUGGUAUAAGAAUAGAUUAAUUAGUGGAAGUGGUGGUGCUAACAUAAAGACACAUAGAGUGGUCAAUCCUGAGACGAACAAUUUGCUACAAAGAUACCCCAAAUCAAUCAGUAUUGGCUUUUUAAUAAAUCGGCAAUUGCAACUCAUUCGUACUCACUGCCCGUUCAGCAGGUCAUGUUUCUCUUGCAUGUUGAAAUAGAUGAUUAGCUCUGAACGAAUUAAAUUGUUUACAUGCUCUAAACGAAACAGACAAGUGAGGUCACAACUCUGUAAAUUACUUUGCACAAUGUCGCUUUUACCUCUGCGGCUAUUAACCGAUAAUCAUUUAACAUCUGGUAAUUUUU